AUGUCUACUCAAUCAAGUAGUGGUAAUAGUAGCAGUGAUAGGAGCCCAGAUACAUCUACAGUAAAUAAAGGUUAUAAUACUCCUAUAUCAAAUAACUUUGACGAUAAUUUAAAAUAUACUGGCCCAAAUACUAGGUCACGAGCACACCAAAAUAAAAGAUACCAUAGGAAAUCUAGAAGUGUAGAAUCAUUAUUCUCUGAUACUAGGGGAAAUAUUUCAACUUCAGUACCUUCGGAUCAAAUAGGUGAAGAAAAUACACCAAAACAAAUAAAUAAAAAUACCGAACUACUCGGUUUAAAAUUUUUGGGGGUGGAUAAUUUGUGUACCAUUUCCAAAAUGAACAAUACAGUUCUUUCAUUAGAAACAGCCAUUAAAUUGGUUCCUUUUUUCAAUGGCGAAGAUUCAGCUGAUAUCUAUCCUUAUCUUAGCGCAUGUGAUUUCGUAAUAUCUAAUGUCGAUAACAACAUAAAGCCAGUUUUGUUACAAGCUAUUCGUACAAAAUUAAGUAAAAAAGUUUUUGCGAUAACUCAACAUCGUGAUGUAGAAGAUUUUGCAGGACUUAAACAUUUACUCGAAUCAAACUUUUGUGCUAAACGUACACCAGGGUAUCUACAACUUGAACUUACAUCAACAAGACAGUCUCAAGGAGAGUCAGUUCAUGACUACUCUUCAAAGGUUGAAAAUCUACUCAAUGAAUUAUGUAAUGUGAGCACAAAGGGAAAAUCAACCACAGAUGCCACAGCAAUACGUACAUAUAUAAAGAAAUUACUUUAA